GUCCGUUUCCUGACUAAAACUGCGAAUGGGAUUUUUGUCAUCAUAAUAAAUAGAACAUUUCGGGGUGUUUGAGUUUAACGUUAACGAUGGCGAUGUCAACUUUUCAUAAAGUUACACUUGUGUCAUGCCUAUUUCUUUCUCUGUCUUUGCUGCUUCCUAAAAUACUGUUAUCCAGAGGGAAAAGGGACCUGGGGCAGCCGGAGGUUGGGCCUGGGCGAUUACCUCCCAUGAUGCAACGGCAAAACAAGGCAGAGGGCCAAGCACACCUGGGACCUGGGCAGCCCUAUUCAAAGUCUCAUAGCCCAGAGGCCUAUGUCAAGGUUAAGACGAGGCCUGUGGGGCCUGGGGGGGGAGGGAAGGCCAGCCUCGUGGGACAGAUCUUUCCCAUCUACGGCUUUGGGAUUCUCCUCUAUAUCCUGUACAUCCUCUUCAAGAUCACAUCAAAGGGAAAAAACACAACAGCGCUUCACAGGUGCCCAGUGGUGAAUUCAGGCAACCUUGGAAAAAACAUGUCUGAAUACGAGCUGGGAAAGCUUCAGGAGAAGCUGAAGGAGACAGAGGAAGCCCUGGAACAGAUUGUGUCGAAAACAGGCCGCAAUUCCAAGAGGGUCAGGAACAUCCCACUGCCGCAGGAAGAGAGGCUGCUGCAGCAGCUGAAGGAAGUCACCCGCGUGAUGCAGGAGAGCCGCCUGGUGGGGGCGCUGUCCCCUGAGAUGGAGGCAGAGCAGACACAUUAUGCAGAGGGCUGGGAAGGGGUUGGACUCUCCUGUCUGCCAUGUCUGUCCCGUCACCCUGCAGGCUACCCCGAGGAAACCUACCCGCAGUACGAGGAGCCCUGGAGGAGCCAGCGCCGUGGCACCAUCAUCAUGGAGGAACCGGGAAGUUGGCUGCCCACAGCAGAAGAGCAGGCUGAACGAAUGGAAGUGGAGGAGGAUGAGCAGGAGGUGGAGCCUAUGAAUAGAGGAGAGGGGGUGGAGGAUGUCCAGAAUAGAGCAGACAGUGAGGGGGAGCAAGAGGAGGACCUGGAUGGAGUAGAUGAAGGAGAUGAGGACGAGGGCUUGGAUGGAGAAGAUGAUGAGAAGGAAGGAGGGGAAGAUGAAGAUUCUGAUGGAGUCCAUCAGGGGGAGAUGGUGGGCAGGGAGAGAGAGGAGCAUUCGUGUCUAUUAGCAGGAGCUCGGAGCCCCAUGAGAGAGAGGGAGGUGGAGGAGGUGCCCAUGAGUGCAGCACAGGGAAGAAAGGAAGGGAAGCAGAUCAGCUUCAGCGACAUCAAGAUGGUGUUCUGCUACUCGGUGGAGAGCUCUGACUCAAACAACAACAUCCAGGAGACAAAAGAAGAUGAGGAGGAUGAAGAGGAGGAGGAUGAUGAUGAUGAUGAAGAAGAUGAGAAGGACCCCAUCAUCAUGGCAGAGAACCUGAGGUUUAACUGCGAAUCUUCUAAUGAGGUAGAGAACGAAGAGGAUGAGCAGGAGUUCCUCCACACGACUGAUUCUGAGGCGGAGGGAAGUGCCUCAGAUACAGAGAGAGCUGAGGCUUUAGGCUUUGGCACACUCCGGAAGCGCAGCAGGAGGGAGCCAGCGUAGCACUUCUCCAUCAGCAUCUGCAGUGUGGACCAGCCCUAUUCAACCCUCUGACCACCUGAGUUCAGUUUCCCAACCCAGUCCUCGAGGUCCCCCAGACAGGAAGCUGGGAGGAAGCAAAAAUGCGGACUGUCAGACAGUCUACAUUGCUGGGAGGGAGCAAAAACAUAAACUGUCUGGGGUUACCUGAGGACUGGGUUGGGAAACACUCCUUUAAGCCCUCUGUCCUGAACCAGCAUCCACCUCAUUUUCAGGCAACCUGGCAGAGGAGGAAUUAUUAGUUUGGGGGCCAAACUGGGAGCAUUUCCCAGUAUGAAAAUGAAAUGAAUUAGAAAGUUGUCACAUCUGGCAGUAGUUUAUUCUGACAGUUUAUUCCCCCCCCCCCCCCCCCCCCCCCGGAGCGAAUUUUCACUUUACAGAGUGCUUUUGGAGAAUUCUUAUAUUCAUGAGAGAAGCUACCUGAUUGACCAGUGAACUGUCUAAGGCAUUCACUGACCAAUCAAGUAGCGCUUCUGUCAUGAAUAUUAACGAGUUUUUAGAGCCCACCCUAUAAAACGAAAGUUUGCCCAAGAGACAAGCCUCAUCCAACCCUCUUGUGUGUAGCAGUCGGUCUGUUGCCUGACCUUGUCAUCAUGGGAAGAUUCUUGCCCUACCUUGGAUAUACCCCACAGCGAAGCACAUCACCUGAAUUACUCCAACAGAACACCCAACAUUACAAACGGAAGUCACUUUGGGUGGAAUGGACAAGAAAUCGAGUUUUGCUCAUGAUUGAAAUCUUAACCUUUUGCGAGUUCAGUGUUUUAUAUCUUUACCUGCAGUAUAUCAGAAUUAGUUAUCACUUUUUUCAUACCUCAUGCUGUCAUGUUGUUUUAACCUUAGGUUUUAAAAUAGUUAAGGAUGCAUUUUUUGUUUAAAUAUUAGUUGUGUACUUAGUUCUGUGCCUCUGUUAAAUGUUAUAUUGGCAGUGAUAUGUAGUUUUUCUAGUUUUCACUGUCAUAAAGCCAACUACAGGAAGGUUGGUAUUUCAUUAGAAUAAAAUUUUAUUUUGUAUAUUAUAAUAAUUUGUGUAAACAAACACUGUAUACAGAACAACAUACAUACUUAAUAUAAUUACAGUAUCACACCACGAUAACCAAAAUUGUUUUUUUUUCCCUUAGCUGUUGGUCACAGAAACUGAUAUGGAAAGCACAGUUAAAGGUUUCUUGGAAUUCAUCUUAAACACGCAAAAUUAUUUAAACACCUUAUUUGAACGAGACGUUUUAGUGCAACAGUAGAAUUAAACUUAAAAAAAAAAAUACCUUGACAGCAAGAGUUUAUCAUUUGUUUCAUGCUUUUAAAAUUAGGCAUUUUAUUCAUCUUCAGUAAACAGUGAGUGGGCCUGAAAUUAAAAAUGUUUUAAAUAACGGCGUAAAAAUACAUAAACAAUUAAGUAGAAAAAAGUACGCAGCAAUUCAAAGCGACGUAUUUGCUCUGUCACCGGACAGAUUGAAAGACACGGUUAGUGUACAAAAGAGAGCACAGUGGAGGUGGUAUAAGUGAAGGAUGAUCACACGGAUGCUGGUGUGAUCUGUACUGUAGAAGUGCGCCAAGCUGAAAAGCUAAACGUAAAAGAAAGUGUGCGCUAGAACUCACCGAAAUUAUACCGAUCAGUAGAUCAUCUCACAAGAGCGUACAAAACCUUAGAAAAUAUACGACUGACAACCUUCAUAUGAAAAGUCAAAUAACGUAUGUACAUAGGAUGGAGAAAUCCAGGUCGUUAUCUGCUAGGAGAUGGAAGACCUCAGUCUAUGGCAGAAAGAUUGUUUGGUAUAAAAAAAAUAUCAAUUGUGUUACCAAAUACUUUGUUUUUGUUACACAGUGGUUAAUAGCAUAGCUCUGAGACCAGGGUCUGCCUGUCUCAGCCACGUGAGAGAGAGACAGCCCAAUGUCAGCGCUGGAUCUCGAAAAUUGUUAGAAAAAUACGGGAAAUAAAUUGAGAAAGCGCGUAAUGUACAAAAAA